AACUUAAUAAUAAGUUACCCAAUCUUACAUAAAUUGUAUGUAAGAUUUAUUUAAAAUAGUUUUGCUCUUCCUUUAAUAAAAACACUGGGAGAAUUAAAACAGAUAAAAGAUGUCAAAAAAAUGUUUUGUGUGUAAAAAGGAACCAGGUCCUGAAAACAGUCUUCACAAAUUUCCAAGCAACAAUAUAAUGAAACAAAAAUGGAUAACCGCUCUUGGACUGCCGAAAACUCCGUUUUUCAAAACUACUCUUAUCUGCGGAAAUCAUUUUAAGCCAAAAGACUUUUUUCCUAACACGGGUAAUAGGCAAAGACCGAGAUUAUUGCCUAAUGCUGUACCUAGUUGGAGCCCACUGACCCCGGCUCCUGUUAAUCAGAAGAGCAUGAUAAUUUUACAUCCUAUAGUGUUCAUAAAAAAAGAGGCUUCUACGCCCUUUGUCAACAGUAAAACUGGUGCCAUUAAAGAGAGCAAGCCAGAUCUAGAAUUUCUUAAGAAAUCCUUUAAGAAAAGUAAACCAGAUAUGUCCUUUGAAGAAAGAGAACAUUAUGUCCCUGGAAUUAGCGAAAGCAUCCCUUCUGAAUAUAUAGUUCCUGACCUUCUUGGCAAUGUAAAUAUAAAACAAGAACCUUUAGAAGGCAAUUCAGAUGAGGAUAUUUCAAAUUUCAGUGAAAAUAGUAAUGUUGAAGACUCCAGUGAUUGCAAGAGUACAAUGGAGCCAGAUGUACAAAUUCCUUCAACGUCCAGUACACCGAUGGAGACUGAUGAUAUCGUGCCACCAACGUCUGCCAUACCUUUCGCUGUGCCACACACACCCCGUAACGGCAAAGCGCGACGACAAAGUAUGUAUAGAAAACGUAAGGCCGCGGAAAGAACUCCGGCAGAGGCAGCAGCUUUUGCAAAAGCAGCCGCCGAAAGACAACGUAGAUGCAAGCAACGUAGACUCGCCAAGUCAGCUCUUGACACCGGCACGCUAGAGUCAGCCACAGUGUCUGCUCCCGUGGUAGUGGAAAGAACAGUUACUGCCCAGACCAGCGCUCAGCGACAACGUGCUUACAGACAGCGUAGAGCUGCUCAAAUUGUUUCACAAAUAAGUACUCCACCGACUCACACAGCAGUGCAACCGGAACAAUCAACCUGGAAUAUCAAAUGGUCGUCGUCAAUAAAGAGGUUUAAAACUACAUUUCUGGACAACGAAUUUGGCCACGCUUGCUCUGUUUGCGACCGAUUGUGGUUCAAGAAUGACCUUAAAAUCAUCACUGCUGCACAACUACAGGUCAUAUCGGAUUGGUUCGUUAAGGAAAAUAGGCAACUACGCGAGGAGGAUUAUACGCAUAUUUGCAACACCUGUAGACUUUCGCUGAACAAACAUAAGCUUCCUACCCUUGCAAAAGUGAAUGGCUUCUCAUAUCCAGAAAUACCUCCUGGCUUACCGCCACUGGAUCCAAUUAGUGAACGAUUAAUCUCACCACGUCUGCCAUUCAUGCAAGUGCGUCGUCUGCGGCAUGACUUCUCUCAUGGAAUUAUUGGUCAAGUGAUCAACGUUCCAGUCAACGUAGAAGACAUGGUAAAAUGCUUGCCCCGGCAUUUAGAUGAGGACGACGUCAUUAAUGUCAACAUCGAACGGAAUCUCGCACACAAAACAAAUUACAUCAGCGGCUACAUGUCGAAAACGACAAUCAAAGAAUGGUUGGAUGUACUUCAAAAUUCAAGUCUAUAUCGCAUGUACGAUAUCAAAGUAGAUUUGUCAAGGCUGGAAACUGUCGUGCCACCAGAGGAAGAUUUGCAGGAUGACUCGGCUCAUCGAAUCGAAACAAUCGCCGCCGAGUGUACUCCGGAGUCAGAAAUUCUUGCUUCCAGGCAGCAUAUACUACUGUGGAACGAAGAGGAUUGCCUCGACAUCGCACUAGGACAUCGGGCCAUGCCUCUGAACAUUUACGACCGUCAUGCUGAAGAACUAUCAUUUCCUGCAAUAUACUACGGCCAGCCUCGUCGCUUCCUCAUGGGAGUUUCAGUGACACCUUACAUGAUGGCAACCAGUGAAUUACGACGAAGUGACAGACGCGGAGCCACGCCUCAAAAAGUCUUGUACGUUGCUAUGAAGAUUCUACGUCUCCGCAUGGUAGAUGGCAUUCACAGCACAUUUCGGAAUGUGUCAACCACGGAAAACGUAACUCGACGCAUGUUGGAGGACCCGGAAUUUCUUAAAGAAUUUGUCGUUCAAAACCUUGCCUUCAUGAAGUCAGUACCCAAUUCCGUCCAGUAUUGGGCCUCUCGCAAACGAGAUCUGUUUGCGAUGCUCCGUCAACUAGGUAAACCGACCAUAUUUCUCACUUUAAGUGCAAACGAAGUACGCUGCUUGAUAUUACUGAACUUACUCCUCAAAUUGAGUAACAAGUAUCCUGGAAAAGUUGCUGAAGAUCUAAACACGUCAGAGCGGUGCAACUUAGUGAGCGACGAUCCAGUUACGUGCUGCAUAUAUUUCCACAAACUCGUCGGUACAUUGAUGAAUAUGCUGAAGGCAAAACAAUCAUAUAAUCCAUUUGGCCAGUACUUUGUUAAAGAUUAUUUCUUUCGCAUUGAGUUCCAGCAUCGAGGAAGCCCCCACGCACACAUUUUGUUGUGGUUGAAUAAUGAUCCACACGAGGCCGUGUCAGAAAAUAUGCCAAUGACCAUCGAGCUCGUGGAGAAGCUGAGUUCUGUCGCCAAAGAAGAUAUGCCCAACGAGACCAUCUACGCCAAUCAAAUUCACAAGCACACUUUCACCUGCACGAAGCGAGGUGAGACGACUUGCAGAUUUGGGAUCCCGUACUGGCCAAUGCCUGCUACUCGAGUCUUGGUUCCAAUGCCUCAGACUGAUGGACGCCGGUCAACAUUCCAAAAAAAAUCCAAGGAGCUACGAACGUGUCUCAGCGAACGUACAUACCCUAGCAUGGAUGACUUUCUGAGGGAACAUGGUCUGACAUUUAAUGCAUAUCUUGAUAUAGUACGUUCAACCCUUCGCAGACCAACUUUGUUGUUUAAACGUAACUUCGAUCAACUUAUGACAAACACGUUCAACCCUUACCUUGCUGGUCAAAUUAAUUCCAACAUGGAUAUUCAGUUUAUCUUAGAUGAAUACAGCUGCGCACAGUACGUCGUGGAAUACAUGAACAAAUCAGCUCGUGGAAUGGGUAACUUGAAUCGAGAGUUGACUAAAAUGAUGAAAGAACACCCUGACCGUGAUUACACUGGUCAAUUAAAAGCAUUGAGUGUCAAACUUCUCAAUGCAGUUGAAAUGUCGGCGCAAGAAGCAGCAUGGUAUUUGUUACGACAGCCGAUGAGCGAAGCAAGCCGUCAAAUUGUGUACAUACCAACAGAGUGGCCCUCAGAGAGACAACGUUGCCGCAAACGUCGGAAACAAUUGGAUCGCGAAGGAAUCGCAGAGGACAGCACAGACGUGUGGACCAAAAACAUCAUUCAGCGGUAUGAAGAAAGACCUCCGUCUUUGCAAGAUGUAUAUUUGGCCGAGUUCGCGUCGUGGUAUGCUAACUCUCGUGAUUUCAUUGACAAUGAAGACGACUUGAACGUGCAUGAAGAUGACGAUCCUGAACCGCCGACUGGAGAAAGAACGGCAUCGAGAGGAUAUCGCAAACGUCUGAUCGGUCGAAUCAUACGAUACAGAUGCUACGACAUAGAUGAAACUGUCAAUUAUCAACGUGAGAUGGUACUGCUGUACUUGCCCUUUCGCAACGAAGUCGCUGACAUUGUUGAUUGUAAUAAAUUUAUAAAAUUAUUCAAUGACAACAAGGAAACUAUCAUGGAACGCAGAAAACUUUAUGAGAACAAUAUUGACAUCGACAAAGUGAUGCAAGAGCUAGAAGCAAUGAUGAUUUUGCAAAAUUCAGACACCACAGAACCAACGGAAACAGAGUCAAGAAGAGUGUUUGUAGAACAGCUGUUAGGAGGAGAGGGAGCUCAAAAUAACGAUGAUGUUAAUGAAAUCGUGCCGCCUGCCAUUCAUGCAAGUGCGUCGUCUGCGGCAUGACUUCUCUUGUGGAAUUAUUGGUCAAGUGAUCAACGUUCCAGUCAACGUAGAAGACAUGGUAAUGCAUGCAUGGGCGCGAAGGAAACGACUCACAAACUACACGAGAUAUUCGCACUGAAUAUAUUCGAGUCCAAGGACACACUUUGCAAACCACCACUAAAAAGGCAGUCACAUUCUGUGACGAUGCUACCAGUGCUGGACAAACUAUCGUGACGAACAUCAAUUGUCAAAGUUUGAGUGCUCAUGCCACAGACGUUAAAACAGAUUCAGUGAUUCCAAGAUCUGACUAUUUAGUACUGACCGAAACGUGGAUGCGCGACACUUGUGAACCACAUCCAAUCAAGAAUUAUGAGUGCAUAUCAAGGAAGAAUAAUCGAACAAACUCAGACACCAACGCAGCAGGUGGAGUAGCGAUCUAUCGUAGGCUAUCAUCAAUAUCAACAGGAAAAGUGAUCGAUGUUGCAGUCACAGACACUGCUCGAGUUAUCAAAACCUGCGGUGACUUGUGCUUGGCUGAAGUUACUUGCUUUACCGCUGAUACUACCUUCAAAUUUGUGCUCGGUGCUGUUUAUAUUCAUCCAGGAUCAAGUGUACAAGACAUCGGAAUGUUGCUACACCAGGCACUUCUUCCAUACGUGCAUAACAGCCAGUACGUGCCACCGUUCCUGCAAGUUGAUCCUAAUAUGCCGAUUCUUCUAUGCGGUGACUUCAACCAAAACGUGAAGUCUGAUGACAAGUUUCUCAAAUUCAUUAAAGAUACGUUUAAUCUUGAUUGCGUAUCAGAUAUGUCUAAGUUACGUUAAAAGGAACAACCAUUGACUUGACAUUUUCUAGGCACAUUACAGCAGAAACACUUCCUUUCAUUUCAUAUUUCUCCUAUCAUCGCCCUAUCCUCAACAAAAUCACUCAGAUAGGAACAAGUUGUAGUAAAGGCUGUUUCAUUGUAUAUUGCAAGUUAUUGUAUGUAUAUUUGUAUAUAAAUACGUAUGUAUGUGUAAAGGUAAAAAUAAAAUGUUGUUAAUAUGAGAAAUUCAGUGCGAGAUUCUUUGUAUAAAUUAAAGUUUUAAAUAUAAUUCUUUGUAUAAAUAAAUGUUUUAAAUUGUUA